CCCUCCCUCUCGUGAGGCUUGGAGUGUGCGGUCUCCUGGCAGACUCGGGUCUUAACCUACCUUUUAGGUGUGACUGGACCGCUCCAGCGUCUGAGGGAAGAUCAGGAGGUUAACCGGGCCCAGAGAAGGAGUGCUUCAAAAUCUCUCUGAUCUGUUGGCGAAUAACCCAUUGUGUGCAGAAGUACAGUCCACAGUAUUGCUUCGCUUAUCCCUGAGCUCUCGCUCUCCAUCAUUUCGGUGCCAACCUCCAUCCCUGAUUUUUCCCGCCUGCCUCUCAUUUUCCGUCCCAUUCCAUAAUUUUUUAUUCUCCAUCUUCCAGUGUAAAUCCAUGACCUCUGGCCUGUCACCAUGGCGUACAGAUCACGCUUUUCCUUCUGGGAGCAAAAGGCUAAAGUUGAGAACAAACCAGAACCUGAUAGUAGUCAGCCACAGGCAGUCGCUAAUUCUGGCCCAGACACAACCAGUGGCCCACAACCGACCGCGUCGUCAGCUGAGGGGUCCAAAAGUAACGCUGCCAUGGGGCCGGACACUCCUGAGCAGGAGGAGAGCACUGGCGGCAAAAAGGUGGUGCGAGUGGUGAGGAGGGUUGUCCGGCGGGUGGUUCCUGCCGGUACAGAGGAGCAGAGCCAGCCCGCGUCUUCUACGUCCGCCCCGGACGCAGGUCCGGCAAAACCCAAAGCCGCCGGGGAGGACAAGGAUGACAUAUCUGUGGGACUGACCAGUUUGAUGGGCAGAGUCCGAACCAAGGAGCACCGACUCCGCGGCCGCACUCAAGAUCGCAUGGAGGACACAACGGAGGAAGCGAAGCAGCAAGAGGAGGAGGCCAAAGGAAAGGCGGAGAAAGAAGAGAGAAAAUCAGCUGUGGAGCAACAAGAGGAGGUCUCAUCUGUUGAGGCGACUGCCGCUGUAAACCCCGUGCCACCAAAGGGACUCCCCCUCAGCCCUCCGCCGGGUUUUAUACCCCCUCCCAAACCAAAUCCUUUGGCACCACCUGCUGGUUUCAUCCCUGCACCCAAACAGAACCCGUUAAGUCCCCCACUCGGUUUUCUCCCGGCCAAAAUGACCAGCCCAGCGCCUACCAAACAAAAUCUGCUGGCCAGACCGCCGGGAUUCAUUCCUGUCCCAAAGACGGAUCCACUGGCUCCACCUGCAGGCUUCAUCCCAAAGCCUCGCCUGUUUGCUGUGAAGAAACCAGAGGUAAAGGAGACGACUUGCUCCCCCGCGGUGCCCAAUGGUAAACCGUCCCCUGCUGCACAGGAGAACUCUUCUGCAAAGGCUCCUGAGCUGAGUCCGUCUGAGGAGGACUACAAGCGCGUCAGGAAGAUCUUCACGCUAGAUGGCAAUAGUAGGCCCAGAGGCCACAGAGUUUCUCAGUCCAAGCUUGUCGAGGACCCGGUGGCCAUCCUUCAGGCAGCACACUUGGCUGCAACCCAGGUGAAGACAGAGGAGCAGAUAAAAGCAGAAAAGGCCUGGUACGAAACAGACAAAGUAUGGCUCGUCCACAAAGACGGAUUUUCCCUGGCCACUCUCCUGAAGACGGAGGCAGGCAGCCUGCCGGAGGGGAAGGUGAAAAUCCGCCUGGAGAGUGACGGAUCUUUAUUGGACGUGGAUGAAGAUGAUGUAGAGAAGGCAAACCCGCCGUUGUUCGACAGAGUGGAGGACUUGGCCUCGCUGCAGUAUCUGAACGAGUCAAGCGUGAUGCACUCGCUGCGGCAGCGCUACGGCAGCAACCUCGUGCACGCCCACGCCGGGCCAAACAUGGUGGUCAUCAACCCAAUCAGCGCCCCCUCUAUGUAUUCUGAGAAGGUCAUGCAGAUGUUUAAGGGCUGCAGAAAAGAGGACACUGCUCCUCACAUUUACAGCAUAGCACAGGCUGCUUACAGGAGCCUCCUUACUACGCGUCAGGAUCAGUCCAUCGUCUUGCUUGGCAAGAGUGGAAGUGGCAAGACCACCAACUGUCAGCACGUCAUCCAGUACCUGGUGACCGUCGCUGGAAGCACCAACAAGUCGUUCUCCACGGAGAAAUGGCAGGCGGUCUAUUCCGUUUUGGAGGCUUUUGGGAACGCGUCGACCUCCCUUAAUGGGAAUGCAAGUCGCUUCUCCCACAUCGUCUCCCUGGAUUUCGACCAGGCAGGCCUGGUGACAUCAGCCUCCAUCCAGACGAUGCUUUUAGAGAAAAUGAGGGUGGCGAGGAGACCAGAGGGGGAGUCCACUUUUAACGUGUUUUACUACCUGAUGGCUGGAGUAGAUGCUGCUCUCAGAACCGAGCUGCACCUCAACCACUUUGCUGACAACAAUACGUUUGGAAUCAUGCCACAGAGUAAGCCAGAGGAUAAGCAGCGGGCCUCUCAGCAGUUUUCCAAACUGCAAGCCGCCCUGAAGGUCCUUGGGAUCAGUGCGGAUGAGCAGCGGGCCCUCUGGCUGGUUCUUGGGGCCAUCUAUCAUCUCGGAGCAGCUGGAGCUACCAAGACUGGCAGGAAACAAUUUGCACGUCACGAGUGGGCCCAGAAGGCAGCCUACCUGCUGGGCUGUACCCUGGAGGAGCUUUCCUCCUCCAUCUUCAAGCAUCAGGCCAAGGGCACCCUGCCCAGAGCCGGCACUAUCCGCCAGGCUUCAGAAGAAAAUGGCACAGCAGAUGCAGGAUCCAGAUCUACAGCGAUGGAGUGUUUGGAGGCAAUGGCGUCUGGGCUUUACUCUGAAGUCUUUGCUGUUGUCAUUUCUUUGAUAAACAGGGCCCUGAAAUCCAGCCAGCACUCCAUGGGCUCUCUCCUCAUCGUGGACACACCGGGCUUUCAAAACCCGAGGCUCGCUAAGCGCGAGAGCGGCGCAACCUUUGAAGACUUGUGUCACAACUACACUCAGGAGCGCUUGCAGAGCCUCUUCUACCAACACACCUUUGUUCAGGAGCUGGAAAGAUACAAAGAGGAAAACAUUGAACUUGCUAUAGAGGACAUUGAGCCCAGCACUUCUCUUUCAGUGGCAGUGAUAGACCAAACCUCAAGCCAUGCACUUGUGCGGACGGUCCGAACAGACGAGGCACGGGGUCUUCUGUGGCUGAUGGAGGAAGAGGCAGUGCAGCCAGGAGGAUCCCCAGAAACACUUUUGGGACGUCUCUUCAGCUACUAUGGACCGGCUGAGGGCGAGAGUAAAGGUCACACACUUCUUCUGCGGGGUGAGAAGGAACAUCACUUCCUACUGGGCCACAGCCAUGGGACCGACUGGGUGGAGUACGAUGCCCGUGGGUGGCUGAACUACGCCAAACAGAACCCCGCUGCUACCAAUGCUAUGAGCCUGCUGCAGGAAUCCCAAAAGAAGAUAAUCAGCUCCUUGUUCACGAGCCGGGCAGGCGGCGCCGUCGUGCUGUCCGGUUCUGUUGCCGGUCUCGAGGGCGCUUCCAACAUGUCCCUACGCAGGGCUACCAGCAUGAGGAAGACCUUCAGCACAGGAGUGGCUGCAAUCAAGAAGAAGUCCUUGUGCAUCCAAAUAAAGCUCCAAGUGGAUGCCCUUCUUGACAUGUUGCGAAGGGCUAGGAUUCACUUUGUUCAUUGCAUAUUGCCCAAGGCAGAAGCUCUAAGGGCUCUUAGUGGAUCCCUGUUCAAAGGUGGGGAAUCUGAGGCUCAAGGGGAGACCGGAGAUCCAGGCUUAAUGCAGCUGGAUGUAGCCCUGCUCCGUGCUCAGAUACGCGGAUCCAAGCUGCUUGAUGCCCUACGGAUCUACAGGCAAGGUUACCCUGAUCACAUGGUGUUCUCUGAGUUCCGACGGCGCUUUGAUGUGCUGGCCCCACACCUCACCAAGAAGCAUGGGAGGAAUUACAUCGUGAAGGAUGAGAAGAGAGCCGCGGAGGAGCUGUUGGAGUCCCUGGAUUUGGAGAAGAGCAGCUACCACAUGGGUCUGAGCAGGUUGUUUUUUAGAGCCGGCACUCUGUCUAAGCUGGAGGAACAGCGGGAUGAGCAGACCAAGCGUAAUCUGACCCUGUUCCAAGCGGCCUGCAGAGGUUACCUUGCACGACAGGCCUUCAAGAAGAGGAAGAUCCAGGACCUUGCAAUCAGGUGCAUUCAGAAAAACAUCCAGAAGAAUCGUGGCGUAAAGGGCUGGCCGUGGUGGAAGCUCUUCACCACAGUUCAGCCACUCAUUAAAGUCCAGCUCACCGAGGAGCAGAUGCGAAGCAAAGACGACGAGAUACAGCAGCAGAAAUCGAAGCUCGAGAGGGUGGAGAAAGAACGAAAUGAAUUGAGACUGAACACGGAUCGAUUGGAGAGCAGGAUUGCAGAGUUGCUGGCAGAGCUCGCCGACGAGAGGAGCACCAGCGAAUCAGCUUCCCAGCUGCUGGAAACUGAGACUUCAGAGAGACUCCACCUGGAGAGGGAUAUGAAGGACCUACAGGUUAAGUUUGAUGCCAUGAAAAAACAAAUGGAGUCACAGGAAAUGGAGCUCAUGGAAGCGCGCCUCGCAAAGGCUUCAGAGCUCAACGGCGAGCUAGACGACGACGAUGAUUCGGGAGGCGAGUGGCGGAUAAAAUACAAUCGAGCCAUUCGGGAAAUGGACUUCACCAAAAAGAAACUCCAGCAAGAGUUUGAUGACAAGCUGGACACCGAGCAGCAGAACAAAAGACAAGUGGAGAGAAAGCUGGCUGAUUUGCAGACAGAUAAUGAGGAUCUGCAGCGCUCUGUGCACCAGCUGAAGAAGAAGUGCCAGAAGCUGACUGCCGAGCUGCAGGACACCAAGCUUCAUCUGGAGGGCCUGCAGAGCCGCAACCACGAUUUGGAGAAAAAACAGAGGAAAUUUGACCUGGAGCAGAGCCAGGCCCAGGACGACGUACAAAGAGAAAAGAGCCAGCGGGAGAAAUUGGCUCGGGAGAAAGACAUCAUGACCGGUGAGAUAUUUAACCUCCGCCAGCAGCUGCAGGACAAGGACACAGAACUGUACGCCGCCAAUGUGAAAGUGCAGCAACUAGAGGGAGAGCUACAGGAUCUGUCCUCCCAGGAGUCCAAGGACGAGGCCUCGCAGGCCAAGUUGAAGAGGCAACUUCAUGACCUCGAGGCGAAGGUGAAAGAUCAGGAAGAGGAGUUGGAUGAGCAGGCUGGAACCAUCCAAAUGCUGGAGCAGGCUAAGCUGAGACUUGAGAUGGAGAUGGAGAGGCAGCGGCAGACCCACUCCAAAGAGAUUGAGAGCAAGGAUGAAGAGGUAGAGGAAAUCAGGCGGUCGUGCAGUAAGAAGCUCAAACACAUGGAGGUACAGCUGGAGGAGGAGUACGACGACAAACAGAAAGUCAUACGUGAAAAACGGGAGCUGGAGUCCAAGCUCCUGAUUGCCAAGGACCAGGUUAGCCAGAGGGAUGUGGAGACGGAGAAGAGGCUAAAGAAAGACUUGAAGAGAACAAAAGUCCUCCUGGCUGAUGCUCAGAUUAUGCUGGACCACCUGAAGAGCAACGCCCCCAGCAAAAGGGAGAUUGCCCAGCUCAAAAAUCAACUGGAGGAGUCAGAGUUUACUUGUGCGGCAGCGGUGAAAGCUCGAAAGGGCAUGGAGAUUGAAAUUGAAGAUUUGCAUAUUCAAAUGGAAGAUGUGGUCAAAACCAAGAUGGCGCUGGAGGAGCAGAUCAGCCGUCUGCAGAGAGAGAAGAACGACCUGCAGUCUCGCAUGGAGGAGGACCAGGAAGACAUGAACGAGCUGAUGAAGAAACACAAAGCCGCAGUUGCACAGUCGGCAAGGGACUUGAGCCAGAUCAAUGACCUGCAGGCCCAGCUGGAAGAAGCCACAAAGGAGAAGCAGGAAAUCCAAGAAAAGCUCCAUUCACUCCAGAGCCAGUUGGAGUUCCAAGAACAGUCCAUGGUGGAGAAGUCGCUCGUGAGCCGCCAGGAGGCAAAGAUCCGUGAGCUGGAGACUAAGUUGGAGUAUGAGAAGACUCAAGUCAAGCGCUUGGAGAGCCUAGUGGGCCGCCUGAAGGAGAAUCUAGAAAAGAUGACUGAGGAGAAAAACCAACGCGUCGCAGCGGAAAACCGGGAGAAGGAGCAGAACAAGCGCAUGCAGAGGCAGAUAAGAGACAUGAAAGAAGAAAUGGGCGAGCUGUCCAAGAAGGAGGGGGAAGCAAGCCGGAAGAAGCAUGAACUGGAAAUGGAUAUUGAGAGCUUGGAGGCAGCAAACCAGAGCUUACAAGUGGACCUUAAGCUGGCCUUUAAAAGGAUCGGGGACCUGCAGGCAGCCAUCGAGGAUGAGAUGGAGAGUGAUGACAAUGAGGACUUGAUCAACAGCGGAGAGGGGACAGAAACCGAUUCAGAAGUGGAGGACCGGGUGGAUGGCGUUAAGUCGUGGCUCUCAAAGAACAAAGGCUCCAGCAAGACUCUGUCUGAUGAAGGCAGUCUGAAGAGCACCAGAUAUGCAGCAAAUGCAGAUGCUACGGAGAUGAAAGAAGGUAAGGAGAAGAUGAGUGACGGCGGCAAAGAUAAGAAGGAAGUAGAGCAGAGCAGAUCAGUGUCUGUCAUGAGUUCCCUUAGCUACAGAAAACGCUCCAACUUGAAGGACUCUAUCGGAGGCACAGGAGACGAGACCUCGUUGUUUAGCACUCUCAAAGAACAGCCGAACAUGCCGGAUCACGCCGCCUUGCGCAAAGCAAAGUCAAAGAGUGGCGAGCUCGGGGAGGACAGGAGGAAAACUCAGGCCGAGGACGAUAUGGAUGACAAGGGCUCCGUCAUCUCCAUGGCUUAUUCUGAAGCAACUAGCAGGGCCAGGAAGGGCCUGGAGUCCCGCUGGACCUCCCGCAGCACCCCUGAGUUUGAUAACGAGUCAGUGGUGUCCUCAGUAGCUCCAAGCAGGGUGUCCACCAGGAGGGGCAUGUUGGACAUGGACGACGACAACAAGUCGACCAUCAGCAGUGUGAGUCGCGCAAGUCCCCGCUCCCUGCGUCGCAGCAGUUCUUGGAAAGACGACAAGCGAAGCAGCUCUCGCUUGUCCCUCGCCCGCAGCUGCGGCCUCAGCGAAUUCGGCCUGCAUGUAAACGACAACGAUGACGAUGCCCACAGUGUGACUUAUGGAGAAGGUAAACGUUCCCCUUACAGUCCCCGUGCCACGAGUCGCAGCUACUCCACUCCGCCUCAGCCGCGCUCCUCAGACAGCAACCCGCUUGAAGCGUCUGACAUUAAACCGGUCACGCACCGGAACUACUUGGACCCCGACCUGGAGGCUGCAAUUAAUGAGGUGCUGAGCUUCAAGCCCAUUAAGUUCAAGCGUAGCAAACUGGAGGAGUCCAGCGGCGACGAGGAUGAGAAGAAGGGCCAAGGCGUUGAGGAUAGGCGGAAGAAGGGGGAGGAUGAAGGCACGUCCAGCUGGUCCAGCUCCUCCCGCAGUCGUAAGGAUAAAAAAGUUAAGGUCCCAUCUUCGGACUCUUCUUCUUCCUCCUCCUCCUCCUCCUCCUCCUCUUCCUCUUCCUCAGAUGGUCGUCACAGCAGGAAGAGCACAAAGGGGAGAAAGGACAAGAAGUCCAAGAAAAAACCUAAGAAAAAGCCAAGCGAGUCAGAAGAUUCCUCGUCUUCCUCAGAGUCAUCCGAGUCCUCCUCCAAUUCAACCGUCUCCUAUCGAAGUUCCAGCAGCGUUAAAAGGGCCCCAAAACAACAACAACAACAAGACGAUAAGGAGCGCGCAGCUCACGGACAAGCCGGCAAAAAAGAAACCAAGAAGAAAAAGAAGAAGGUGGAUAGCCUGGUGAUGAAGUACCUCUACAGGCCUGACAGUGACUGAUGCCGACGG